AUGCCAAAGAACACAAAGGUGACCCAGGGGGAGCACAGCAAUGAGCCUGUCACUGAGUCUGUGGCUGACCUGCUGUCCCUGGAGCACCCCAUGGGCUAUAAGACCAGUCAGAUGAGUAUGGGCCUGAGUCCUGGCUCAACUGCUCCAGGAAAGGCCCUGCUACCCUCCCCAGACCCAGACGCUGAGGACGGCCGACCUGCUUGGAACAACAAGCUGGAGUAUAUCCUGGCCCAGGUGGGCUUCUCUGUGGGCCUGGGUAAUGUCUGGAGGUUUCCCUAUCUGUGCCAGAAGAACGGUGGAGGUGCAUACCUGGUGCCCUACUUUAUUCUCCUCCUGCUCAUUGGCAUCCCCUUGUUCUUCUUGGAGCUGGCGGUGGGUCAAAGGAUCCGGCGUGGCAGCAUCGGGGUGUGGAACUACGUCUACCCACAGCUGGGAGGAAUCGGGGUUUCCAGCCUGAUGGUUUGCGGUUUUGUGGGCCUCUAUUAUAAUGUGAUUAUCGGCUGGAGCAUCUUCUAUUUCUUUCAGUCUUUCCAGUAUCCACUGCCUUGGGCUGAAUGCCCCAUCCAGAGAAAUGGAACCCAAGCCAUCGUGGAGCCGGAGUGUGAGAAGAGCUCAGCCACCACUUACUUCUGGUACCGCCAGACUCUCAACAUAACCAGCACCAUCGACGACACCGGCGGCCUGAACUGGAAAAUGACACUGUCCCUGCUGGUGGCUUGGAUCAUGGUCUGCCUGGCUGUCAUCAAGGGCAUCCAGUCCUCUGGGAAGGUGAUGUACUUCAGCUCUCUCUUCCCGUAUCUGGUGCUUUUCUGUUUCCUGGUACGAGGUUUGCUGCUGAAGGGAGCGGUGGACGGCAUCGCUCACAUGUUCACUCCUAAGCUGGAAAAGAUGUUGGAGCCGCAGGUGUGGCGAGAGGCAGCCACACAGGUCUUCUUUGCCCUCGGUCUGGGCUUUGGAGGCGUCAUCGCUUUCUCUAGCUACAACAAGCGAGACAACAACUGCCACUUCGAUGCAACACUGGUCUCCAUCAUUAACUUUGUCACCUCUAUCCUGGCCACUUUAGUGGUGUUUGCUGUGCUGGGGUUCAAGGCGAAUGUGAUGAACGAGAAGUGUGUUGUCGAGAAUGCGGAAAAGAUCCUGGGCUACCUAAACACAGGUGUGCUGAGCAAAGAGCUCAUCCCUCCUCACAUCAACUUCUCCCACCUGUCCGCCCAGGACUACGCAGAGAUGUACGCCGUCAUUAAGACGGUGAAGGAGGACAGCUUUGGCCAGCUGGGCCUUGACGCCUGUGUGCUGGAAGACGAACUCAACAAGGCGGUUCAAGGCACUGGCCUGGCAUUCAUCGCCUUCACGGAGGCCAUGACACAUUUCCCUGCCAGUCCCUUCUGGUCCGUCAUGUUCUUCUUCAUGCUAAUCAACUUGGGGUUAGGAAGCAUGAUCGGCACAAUGACCGGCAUCACCACACCCAUUCUGGACACUUUCAAGAUCCGCAAGGAGAUCCUGUGUGUGGUUUGCUGUGUCAUAGCCUUCCUGUUAGGCCUGCUGUUUGUGCAGCGUUCAGGGAACUACUUUGUCACCAUGUUUGACGACUACUCAGCUGGUCUGCCUCUCACUGUGGUGGUGAUCCUGGAGAACAUCUCUGUAGCCUGGAUCUACGGCACUAAGAGGUUCAUGCAGGACUUGGAAGACAUGCUUGGUUUCAGGCCGUACUCUUUCUAUUACUACAUGUGGAGGUACGUGUCUCCAUCUGUCUUGGUCGUGCUCAUCAUAGCCACCGUCAUCGAGAUGGCUGUCAGCCCUGCAGGAUACAACGCCUGGGUGGAGGCCGAGGGCUCAGAGCGUUUCCAGAGCUACCCUCCCUGGGCUUUAGCCAUGGCCUACGCUCUCAUUGUUGUAGCCAUGCUGCCUUUACCCAUCGUCUUCAUCGCCCGGCACUUCAACCUGAUCUCAGAUGGCUCCAACAAGCUCUCUGUCUCCUACCGUAAAGGCAUGAUGAAGGACAUUUCCAACCUGGAAGAGCAGGACGAGCAGCGCUUCAUCCUCGGCAAGAACCCCAGCGAGGCUCCCUCCCCGAUGCCCGCCCACCGUGCUUAUCUGGGCCCUGGCGGCACUCAGGAGAUGACCAACACCAACUACGGCACCAGCACCAAGACGGGCUACCAGAACAUUGGCUCGCCCGAGUCUGAGCUAUGA